AUGGCUGCUCCAAAUGGUGACAUAAGCGAGAAGCAAUUACCUAAUGGUGCGGACGAGCACGAGCAACAUGAGCAUGGUUCAGACCAUCAUCACGAGCAUGAGCAUGAGCACGAUCAUGAUCACGAGAAUCCUGCCAUCACCUUUCAGGUUCAUGUCAAGCUACCUCACAAACCCCAUAAGUUGACCUUGACUGUUUCCAACCAGGAGCAAGUUCAAGAUUUGCGUCAAUCCAUCGUCGAGACUCCAGACACUUUCCAGUAUACCUGCUUUCAUCUUGAGCACAAUGGAGAGCGUAUCAAUGACUUCGUUGAGCUCUCCGAAGUCAAAGAUCUUGGUGCUGACUCUGAGGUCACUUUGGUGGAGGAUCCCUAUACUGAGAAAGAGGCUCGCAUGCAUGUCGUGAGAAUGAGGGAGCUGAUCGGCGCUGCCGGCGACCGUUCAGAUCAGCUGCAUGGUAUUUGCGCCGGUGCGUCUUUACACGACGACCUAUUCGGCGCGGCACCUGCGUCUGAGGCUGCGAAAGAGAAGGUUGCUGAUACUCAAGGAUCACUUGCUGGUUAUGAUGUCGACAGCAAGCCAGAUAUCAACACCAUCCUGCCCAAGGAUCAGAAUACAUUGCCCAAGACUGUGAAAGGUCUGUCGGUGUCCCAGUGGAAUCCACCUCCGCAUCAUCUGCGACAGCGUGGUCACUUGCUAUAUCUCGUCCUGGCCACCAAUGAGGGUGAGCAGCACCAGAUCACUGCUAGCAUAUCCGGUUUCUCUGUCAACAAGUCCUCAAGUAACAAGUUCGAUCCAUUCCCGAGGCCUGCUCCUAAGAACUACAGCGCACAUUCCCUGCUGGGCCUCAUCUCUCUCCUAUCACCCUCAUUCAAUGCCUCUUUCGUCGAGCUACAAAAGGCUAAUGGCCAGAAAGACCUCCUUACCACCUUCCCCUUCCAGAAUGCUAUUCCCGCGAACCCUUGGUUGUUGAACCCUUCAGCUGCCCAACACCAUCAGUCCGACCCUACAAGAUCUCAAGAAGCUUUCCUGCUUGGAGGUGCAGAUGGUGCCGAGAACCUGAGAGACUGGAACGAGGAAUUUCAGACCACGAGGGAACUGCCUCGAGAAACACUUCAAGACCGCGUCUUUAGAGAACGUUUGACCUCGAAACUUUUCGCUGACUACAACGACGCCGCUGCAAGAGGUGCUGUUUUGGUGGCUCGCGGAGAAGUUGCUCCUCUAAACCCGACCGAGGGUAAGGACGCUCAAAUCUUCAUCUACAACAACAUCUUUUAUUCCUUCGGUGCCGACGGUGUGCAAACUUUCGCUAGCGAAGGAGGUGACGAAGCUGCGAGGGUCGCUGUUGGUAAGGACGUCACUGGCGUCAAAGCUGUCAACCAGCUUGACAUUCCCGAUCUUUUCACUCCUGGCACCGUUGUUGUUGACUAUCUUGGCAAACGAAUCGUUGGCCAGAGCAUAGUCCCCGGCAUCUUCAAGCAGCGCGAACCUGGAGAGCAUCAAAUUGAUUAUGGUGGUGUUGAGGGCCGAGACGUCGUUACUGAGAAUGCUGCUUUUGUGCCUGUUUUUGAAAAGCUUUCCAAGGCCUUACACGUCAAGAAACAUGCUGUCUGGGAUAAGGAAGGCAAACGACAUGAUUUGGAGGGUAGUGUUGAGACCAAGGGCUUGCUGGGAACCGAUGGCAGGAAAUACGUGCUGGACCUGUACCGUAUCGCUCCACUCGACGUCGCUUGGCAGGAGCAAGUGGCUGCUGAAGAACAGGACAACAAAUAUCCGCACCGAAUGUCGAUAAUCAGAUCAGAGCUCGUAGAAGCUUAUUGGAGAACCAAGAUGCAGGAAUACGUCAAGGCUGAGGUCGAAAAGAAGAAGGCCGCACAACCAGAUCAGAAGCAGAUCGAAGGAGAGGAAAAGAUUGACGAAAAGAGUGAGGAGAAGAAGGAAGGUGACACAGAGAGUAAGCCUGCCGAACAAGAAAGAGUCGACCUUUCCAAAUUCGACUGGACAAUCAACCCCGAUGUGUGCAGUGGACAAGUUCCACAAACGGACGAGGAGAAAGAAGAAUACCUUCAGGACGAGCAAGAGGUCAGAGCAGUUUGCAGCUUCCUUCGUGAGAAGGUUAUCCCCGAGCUCAUACACGACCUGUACGAAACCGAUGUCGGCUUUCCAAUGGACGGUGUAGCUCUAACGCAGCUCCUGCACAAACGUGGUAUCAACGUUCGGUACCUCGGUCUACUAACCAAAUCAGCAGAGGAGAAGGGACAACGAAUCAAAGCCUUUGCCACAGUCGCUCUACAGGAAAUGGUUGCUCGAGCUUUCAAGCACAUCAUAAACGGCUACCUUCGUCAUCUGCCUGCAAUUUUUGCUCCUAAUGCGAUAGCACAUCUACUCAACUGUCUCCUCGGCCGCGAAGUUAAUGCCGCACCAGGAGCUGAGCUUGGAGAAGAACAAUCUUUUUACAGUGAUGGAGAUUAUUCCUUCCAGAAAGUGACACCAGACCAGCUUGCCAAAGACAUUGAACUUCAGGUACGGAUGCGGUACAGGUACGAUCUGCCUGGCGAGUGGCAGAUGUCAAUCAAGCCGUUGCAACUGUUGCGUGAAAUAUGCUUGAAGAAUGGUAUUCAACUUGCCGCUAGAGACUUUGCAUUGACGAAGACGGACUUACAGGAGAGACCGGCUUUGAAUGGCACUGCAGUCAAUGGAGUGCACCACGAGGAAAACAAGAAGAAGAAGGCGAAGAAAGCACGUGGAAGGUCUGAAUCUCCUGAUAGCGAGACAAAGGAGAAGCCGCAAACCACCUUCGUACCUGAUGACAUCCUGAACGUGACACCAAUCGUCAAGGAUGCAUCACCUAAAAGUGCGCUAGCAGAGGAAGCGCUUGAAGCUGGCAAAAUCUCCCUGGCUCAAGGUCAGAAACAACUCGGUCAAGAACUCGUGCUUGAAUCACUUUCGCUACAUGAGCAGAUCUAUGGCAUAUUGCAUCCUGAGGUCGCGAAAAUGUACCAUUCGUUGUCUACAAUCUACUAUCAGAUCGAAGAGAAAGAGGCAGCAGUUGAACUAGCGCGAAAGGCAGUCAUCGUCACAGAAAGAACUUUGGGAGUCGAUUCGCAUGACACCAUCCUUGCCUACCUCAAUCUUUCUCUCUUUGAGCACCACGUUGGCAACACAAAGCGCGCUCUGAAAUAUGUUCGCCAUGCCUUGGAUGUGUGGAACGUGAUCUACGGGUCACAUCAUCCAGACUCAAUAACCACGAUGAACAAUGCUGCGGUGAUGUUCCAGUCAUUGAAAGAGUAUGCCGAAUCUCGUCGCUGGUUCGAAGCGUGCUUCAAGGUUUGUGAGGAGUUCUAUGGUAAACAGUCCAUCAAUGCUGCCACGAUUCUUUUCCAGUUGGCACAGGCACUAGCACUCGAUGGUGACGCGAAAGGUGCUGUCAACAAGAUGCGUGAAGCGUACAGUGUUUUCAAAGAGGAGCUUGGCGCUGAGGAUAGAAACACCAAGGAGGCAGAAACAUGGCUCGAACAGCUGACUCAGAAUGCUGUCAAUCUCGCAAAACAAGCUCAAUACUUGGAGAAGCGAGGUAUCAAAUAUAUGCAGAUGCCACGACUGCCUGGCGCGACGAGGUUACAGCCACAAAACGCAACGACUGCAGCACCCAAGGCUGCCACCAACAAUGGCACGACCACAUCGGCUACCUCCUCCACAACAACGAAUCCUACAGCGAAUGGAGCAGACAUGAGAAGCAUCGAUGAGCUGUUGAGAUUCAUUGAAGGCGGAGAUAUGGCUAGUCCAAAAGGGAAGAGCAAGCGAAAGAGUAUGAACCCCAAGGCAAGAGGCAGGAAGAGUGCGGCUUAG